CGAGGAAGCAGCCGCAUGCAGCAGCAGCAGCAGUGUUCUCCGCGUCAGCCGCCCCUUGACCCCGCAAUUUUCCUCCCACACACCAAACAGCACUCCACAACAACCCCCGCCCCGUCCCGCCCGGUCCCGUCCCCACCACACUGCUCGGCGGCGGGCGGCGUCGGCGACGAACGACGACGACUAGUAAAAAACGUACGCGCGUCCCGAGCCGGGCCGUCCUCCCGAUACGGCUAUAAAACCUCCCCGCCCUUCCUCGCCCAACGCAGCACCGUCCAUCCCUCGCCUCCCGUUCCCGUCUCCUCCCUCCCUCCGUCGCUCGCCUCCGACUACAGAAACCCGCCACCCCCACCGUACCAGCCGCUAGCGUUUCGUUUCUUCGCGAGUCUUGUCAAGCAGCUGACGACGGAAAAAGAAGAGCGGCCGGCCGGCCGAUCGAAAAUCGCCAUGCAUAACCCGAGGCCGGGCGGCGGUGACAUCGUCGAGAUGUCGUCGUCGUCGUCCGCCGCCGCGCCGCACGAGGCGGGAGCCAGGGACAGGGAGCGCGUGAUCCCACACAGCGGCCCGCUGAGCAAGAAGACCGGGGCGAGGAAGAGCGCGCGGUUCGCCGAGUCCGUGUCCGCGCCUCUCACCGCGCCGCCGCCGCCGCGCGCGUCGUCCGCCAACAACAACGACGACGACGACGACUACGUGGAGAUCACCCUCGACGUGCGCGACGACUCGGUGGCGGUGCACAGCGUCAAGCCCGCCCACGGCGGCGGCGGCGGCGGAGACGACUCGGACGUGACGCUGCUGGCGCGCACGCUGGAGAACCGGCGGGCGUCCGGCCACUCGGUGAUCCGGAACGCCUCGUCGCGGAUCAAGCAGGUGUCGCAGGAGCUCCGCCGCAUCGCCUCCAUCAACCGCCGCGGCGGCGGCGGCGGGGCGAGGCUGGACCGGUCCAAGUCCGCGGCCGCGCACGCGCUCAAGGGGCUCAAGUUCAUCAGCAAGGCCGAGGGCGCCGCCGGAUGGGAGGCCGUCGAGAAGCGCUUCGACAAGCUCGCCGAGAACGGGCUCCUCCACCGCUCCAAGUUCGGCCAGUGCAUCGGGAUGAAGGAGCCGGAGUUCGCCGGCGAGCUGUUCGACGCGCUGUCUCGGCGCCGCAACAUCUCCGGCGACAGCAUCAGCAAGGCCGAGCUGCUCGAGUUCUGGGACCAAAUCUCCGACACCAGCUUCGACGGCCGCCUGCAGACCUUCUUCGACAUGGUCGACAAGGACGCGGACGGCAGGAUCACCGAGGAGGAGGUCAAAGAGAUCAUCACGCUGAGCGCGUCAGCGAACAAGCUGUCGAAGAUCACAGAUCAAGCGGAGGAGUACGCUCGUCUAAUCAUGGAGGAGCUAGACCCUGCCAACCUGGGCUACAUCGAGCUCUACAACCUGGAGAUGCUGCUCCUCCAAGCUCCGUCCCAAUCCGUGCGGAUCGGCACCACCAACAGCCGGAACCUGAGCCAGAUGCUGUCGCAGAGCCUCCGCCCGACGCCGGAGCCGAACCCGCUCCGGCGCUGGUACCGCCGCGUGCACUACUUCCUGGAGGACAACUGGCGGCGCGUGUGGGUGCUCCUCCUGUGGCUCUCCAUCUGCGCCGCGCUCUUCGCCUGGAAGUUCACCCAGUACCGCCGCCGCUACGUCUUCCACGUGAUGGGCUACUGCGUCUGCGUCGCGAAGGGCGGCGCCGAGACGCUCAAGUUCAACAUGGCGCUCAUCCUCCUGCCCGUCUGCCGGAACACCAUCACCUGGCUCCGCAACCGGACCACCGCCGUGGCGCGCGUCGUCCCCUUCGACGACAGCCUCAACUUCCACAAGGUGGUCGCCGUCGGGAUCACCGUGGGCGCCGCGCUCCACAUCGUCUCCCACCUGACGUGCGACUUCCCGCGGCUCCUCCACGCCACCGACGAGGCGUACGCGCCGCUGGGGCAGUACUUCGGGACGCGGCGGCCGCCGGACUACUGGUGGUUCGUGAAGGGCACGGAGGGGUGGACGGGGCUGGUGAUGCUGGUGCUCAUGGCGGUGGCGUUCACGCUGGCGACGCCGUGGUUCAGGAGAGGGAGGGUGGCGCUGCCGGGCCCCGUGCUCAGGCGGCUCACCGGGUUCAACGCGUUCUGGUACUCGCACCACUGCUUCGUGGCGGUGUACGCGCUGCUCGUCGUGCACGGGCAGUACCUGUACCUGACGCACAAGUGGUACAAGAAGUCGACGUGGAUGUACCUGGCCGUGCCCGUGGCGCUGUACGCGUGCGAGAGGCUGACGAGGGCGCUCAGGUCCAGUGUCCGCCCCGUGAAGAUACUCAAGGUGGCGGUUUACCCUGGGAACGUCCUGUCGCUGCAUUUCUCCAAGCCGCAGGGGUUUCGGUACAGGAGUGGACAGUACAUCUUCGUCAACUGCGCCGCCGUCUCGCCGUUCCAGUGGCACCCGUUCUCCAUCACGUCGGCACCACAGGACGACUACGUGAGCGUGCACAUCAGGACGCUGGGUGACUGGACACGCGAGCUCAAGAACGUCUUCUCGAGGGUGUGCCGGCCGCCGACGGAGGGCAAGAGCGGGCUGCUCCGCGCCGAGUACGACCGCGACGGCAGCGCCAUGGCCAACCCCAGCUUCCCCAAGGUGCUGAUCGACGGCCCCUACGGCGCGCCGGCGCAGGACUACAAGCAGUACGACAUCGUGCUUCUCGUCGGGCUGGGCAUCGGCGCCACGCCCAUGAUCUCCAUCAUCAAGGACAUCAUCAACAACAUGAAGCAGCCGGACGGCGACCUGGAAGCCGGCGCCGGCGCCGACACGUCGGCGUCCUCCAUGGCGUCGUCGUUCCGCACGCGGCGCGCCUACUUCUACUGGGUGACCCGGGAGCAGGGCUCCUUCGAGUGGUUCCGCGGCGUCAUGGACGAGGUGGCCGAGACGGACAAGAAGGGCGUCAUCGAGCUCCACAACUACUGCACCAGCGUGUACGAGGAAGGCGACGCCCGGUCGGCGCUCAUCGCCAUGCUCCAGUCGCUCAACCACGCCAAGCACGGCGUCGACGUCGUGUCCGGGACACGCGUCAAGACGCACUUCGCCAGGCCCAACUGGCGCAACGUCUACAAGCGCAUCGCCCUCAACCACCAGAACCAGCGCGUCGGAGUGUUCUAUUGUGGUGCUCCGGUGCUGACAAAGGAGCUGCGCGAGCUCGCGCAGGAUUUCUCGCGGAAAACCAACACCAAGUUCGAGUUCCACAAGGAGAACUUCUAAUUUACAUGUAGCCUCGAUCGACCCAAAAGUUUUCGCAUGACAAAGAGUUCGGUACAUACCGCAGUCAGAUGAUGUAGUAGCGUAUAUACGGAUGGAUGUAGAGGGGACGGAAGUAGACACCAAAGUAGGUAUUGCUUGAUUGUGACAGACCAGUUGGGUCAAAAACCCCAACAGUUUUUUGUUCAUUUGCUCUAGUAGAAGAAUUAAUAAUCCAAAUGCCAUUGUACAGAUCUUGUCUCUCUCACUUAGAUUAGGCAGUUUGAUCAGCCAGCAUGAUACAGAGUUUGAUGGCCUAAUCAAUCAGAUCAAAAGGUUCAAAAUAUCUGAUCUGGCAAAGGUCAUGAAAGUUGAGCCACUCCAAUGGAAUGCAGGAAAGAAAGUGCACACAUUUUGUGGUUGCCAUCAGCUGAGGCGCUCCAGGCCACAUUAUGUCCGAUCCCAUGUUGGAGCACCAUCUCUGGUGGGCAACAACCUAUGAGUAGUAGUGCUAACAUGUUAGGGUUCUAGAGGGUGAUGACCAUGAUUGCAUAGCCCUGGCCCACAUAAUUAGUAUUAGUAUGUGCCUUCUAGUGCUUAGUCCAAAGCAAGAGCACUACACAUAGAAAAAAAAAUGCUUGUGCAAUGGUGUAAGUAUUACACAUUCUUGAAUAGCGAAAUGAGUCUUUCCCACCA